UGUUGCCUGACUUAGGACAGCAGGGUCUAUGUUGGGACCUGGAGGGAUUGCCGGCUGAUGAAGCAACCUAACUGGCCAGUAGGAGAGAUAGAGGGAGGGGGAAGGCAUUCAGCCGGGGUCAGUUUGGGAAACUUAAACUUAACCAGUUUCUACCAAGAGCCAACAGGACAAAAGAAAGUCCAAUAUAUGAGGAUGGUUUAACCACCAAGAGCAAAUUCAAAAAGAGAGAAAAAAGAGAAGAGGACUAACCCAUGGCUGGAUUGUUUUAGGUGAACAAACACUGGCAAAAAACAUGUCGCACAGUCAGCUUAACCAUCUUGUAAAUCACAGACUUAAGGAUCAGCCGCUCCAAUAGGAGGGCAGAGAUAUGGGUGGUGUGCAGCAGACCUGACACCCAGGUGGGAUCCCAGGCAGAAGGGGGUCCAAUGGCCACUGCAAAUGAUGACCCCCACCUGGGCGAAGGCCCAUCUGAUGACUCAGAGAGCCUCCUGGAUGAUUCUGACUCAUGGAGUGUGCUUUCUGAAGACUCAGUGCUUCCCGACUAUGAAAUGGAUGAAAAGCAUACAGAGCCAGCUAAAACUUUGUAUGAGGCCUGCGUUAGGAAUCAGCCCACGUCCCUGCACAGGAUCCUGGAGAGAGGAGUCACUGAAGAUGAGGGCAUGGAACUUGACAUCAAUGGCAGGAAUGGACUGAUGCUGGCUGUGAGCAAGGGAUUCAUAGACAUUGUCACCAUGCUGCACACAUGUACAGUAAUAGACAUCAAUCACCAAGAUAAUGAUGGCAAUACUGCCCUCAUGAUUGCUGCCCAGGCAGGUUUCAUCAGCAUUCUGAACUAUAUCCUUAACUACUACUCUGGUGUGAACACCGAAGUCAGGGAUCCCCGUGGCUUCACAGCCCUCAUCAAGGCAGGCUUGCAGGGCCGAGAAGAGUGUGUGUCUGCCCUGCUAAUGCAUGGUGCAGAUAUGAAUGCAAUGGACCUGGUCCAAGCGAGAGGUCUAAAGGACUGGAUCCUUAGGACAGGAGGUUUUGAAACUCUUAACAGACUACGCCGUCUGCAGGCUCAUUCUGUCGCGGAGCAGUUCUGUGAAAGCUACAUUCCUGAGUGGCCUGAGCUUAAGCAAUUGGUAGAAAAGGCCACCACCACCAAAACAGGCUGUCAGGCGCUGAGGCAGCACUUAAAAGACAACUUUUCUUUCAGCUUCCCUCAAGACCCCCAAGACAAUGGAGUCAUGGACCAUAUGGUGCGUAUGACCACAGGCAUCCACAGCCCCCUGAUAGCCACUGGUUGUCGUCCACUCUGUCCCACAAGCCCCCCAGAGAUUGGCAAGCGACGGUUAGCCGUCUCUGAACUGCUUGAAAAGCACAGCAGCAAGGAGUUGGAGGAGAGCACAGUGUCCCACAGUAAAGGCUCCUUCACCACCUCAGCUUCUCCCACUGCUGUGUCAGCCUCCUCUGUAUCCCUGACAUCCUGCCGCCAGGACCCACCAUUAGGUGGCAUGAGAAGCUUCAUUCCCCACAGCAUAGCAAACAGGAACAGCAUCUUCCCCUCAGGCUGUAUUCCUAAGAUUGAAGUGACAAAGUCUGGGGAACCCACUCCAAAGAAAGAGAAAAAGAAGAAAAUGCAGAAGGGCUACCUGGAACCUCCUGUCUGGAAGUACAAAGAGGCCAAGGAGGAAAAAAAGAGGGAGAAGAAGCAGCAGGAGGAAAAGGAAAAAGACCGAGAGAAAAAACAGAAGGCGUCCAAACGUUCAUCAAGCCAAAAAUGAGGCAUUAUUCUCUUUUCCUCAGAGAAUUUCACUGUGAUAAAGUCAUGCAUGAGGGUUGAGCAUGUGAUUACAGUGAGUAACAGAAGACUAAGGAAUUGCAAAACAAGUUUGGAAGUGAGAAAUUGACAAUUGAAACACAUUAAUGGAUUUGAACUUUGGCUUGGGAUGAACAUGGGAAAAAUGUAGUGACUUGAAUUUGCUAGAUGUGAUGUAUUUUUCAGCAUUUUUGGAAAGCUGAAAAUUAUGUUUACCAAAUGUUAUUUGGAUUUGGAGAUAUACAGUGACAUGUCUUAGCAUGGCUGACUCCUACCUCAUGAACAAUGACAUUAUUUUGACUCGAAAACACUGUCCAUCCGUGAGGAUUUUAAUUGUCUGUGUAUUGUGAAUAAUUUCGAAGUAGCGUGCCAUCAUGGUAUUCAACUGCAAAAUAAACCAAAUAAA